UCCUAAACUGAUGUUAGUGUUUCGUCGGCCAGUCAGCGGCUGGUCGCACUCGUGUUCAGAUCGCGGCGGGCAAAACCGGUGUGGACGUACAAAAUGGCGUUCGUUGUUAUUUGCUUUUUGGCGGUAAUAUGCAGUUUGCUACAUCAAGGUCUAACUAUCACAUGCUACCAAUGCAACAGCCACAACGACUCCCGCUGUCUCAUGGACAACCUGCCGCCUUCGCUGAAGCUGCCGUGCGGCCCCAAGGACACCAUGUGCAGGAAAAUCUCGCAGGUGGUGGAGUUCGAGAUGAACGGCAUGCCGCCAGACAGCAGGGUCAUCAGGGGAUGUGGCUGGGAUGAAAGUAGUUACAAGGGUCGGUGCUACCAGCGCUCUGGCUUCGGCGGCAGACAAGAAGUCUGCUCAUGCACGGAAGACGGCUGCAACUCGGCUUCCAUACCAGUUGGAGCCACAGCGCUGAUGCUUCUCACAUUCGCGCUCCUGAGAUUCUAGUCGAAGAAACCACACCAGUAACUAGGAUAGCCAAAGCUUAUUCACUUAACAUCGAAUGUUAUGAAUGUGUUCAGUAAAAAGAUUGAGAAAGAAGGAAUCUCAAAGUAGAGGAAUCGAGUCAGAAGAUUAAACUGCAUGAAAAAGUCGACACAAAAUCUAAUGCUUUUAAAGCUGAUAAUUCUAGAUCAAAUAUAAACUAUUUGGCUGUCAAUGUCUAUUUCUUGUAGAUCAACACAAAAAUGAAUCGUAUUGCUGUUUAUGUUGGAUUCCGUAAAGAACGUAGUCUGGCUAAUGAAAUAAAUAAAGAUAGGUGUAAAAUAGAUGUUAUAAUUAGACUUAACGCUGUAUUAAAUGUAGAUACUGUAUAUGUUACGUGAGCGUAUGAACAUGUUAAACAAAUUAACACAACACUGUAAAUAGAUGAUAAAGAUUUCAUUUUACACCUUUGUUUCUAGAGUAAGUUUGAAUCUUAUUUCUUUUGACAUAAAAUCGCAUGGAAAUACAAUGUUUUGCAGAUGGUAAUGAGUUACCUAACAUGAAUGUGCGUGAAACCAUUAUUGUUAUGUUUUGUUUAUGAUGUGUUUAUUAAAAGGAUUUAUUUCUUU